CGUUCAUUUGCCGCAUGUCAACAAAGAAUUUUCUGACGUGUACGUUUUGAAUAGUAUUUGAUCUAUAAAAAAAUUCCAGAUUUUUAGUAAAUUUUCAGUGGAACUUUGAAAAAUAUUUACUUAUUAUGGCUCCCAAAGAAAACGAUGUUAAAGGAAAGGACGAAAAAGAAAUUGUGAAAAUUAACAAAUGGGACAGUUCAGCUGUGAAAAAUUCAUUGGAUGAUGCUGUUAAAGAGGUCCUAACAAAAAAGUUCAAUUACACUGAAAAUUUCAACUUGAUGGAUGGAAGAUUAGUAAUUUGCACUAUAGCAGUUGGUGUUGCUAUGUUCGCCUUACUUUGGGACUAUUUGUAUCCAUUCCCACAAUCUAGACCAAUUCUCAUUUUUAGUGUGGCCACCUAUUUCAUAAUGAUGGGAAUUUUGACUCUGUACACAACUUACAAGGAAAAAGGCAUAUUUGCUGUAUGCAUUCAGAAAGAAGGUGCUCGAAAGGGUGCUGUCUGGGAAGCCAGUUCAUCUAUGGGAAAAUACAAUGAUGAAUAUGAACUUCACCUAUGUGUGAAACAACCCAAAAGUGGCUCGGUGAGGGAAACCAAGUCCAAAAAGAGCUGUGCCAACUUUGUUACCAUAAAUGGGGUUAUCUGUCAAGAUCUAGUCGAAAAUGAAGUAACAAGACUGCACAAUUCCUUGUUGAGUGAACGUAAAGAGAAAUAGAGAUAAUUUAUUAAAUUAAUUCUGAAAUAUUUGUCAUUCCAUGUUUAUGCUCUCAAUAAUUAUAUGAUUUUAGUGCUGUUUACAAUUUCAUUAUUCAGGUUUCUUUUUGGGUAUCGUACUAUUAUUGUAAAAGAACUUUUUCGAAGUUCUAAUUAAUGUUGUGAAAUGAAAUAAAUGGAUUUUUUACAUAAAUUUAUUAGUUGGUUGUGUAUUAUUUAUAAUAAAUUGAAGUGUAUGUAGCAUACUUGUGACCUAAUAAUAAAC